CGGUGAAGCAACCGUCACGGUGACUUGAAGCUUGCACGCAAUUGUAAUACUGUACUGGCAGUGCCGCCAUGCAACUGCGACUCGUUGAGUGCAUGUUCGCAUAACAGAUUUGAACAUGCGAAGGUCCUUUCCACCGAAAGGCAUGAGGAGAAACUUUCAACAGAGGAAUUUGGGGAUCACAUAGGUCCGCAAUUGCACCUAGAGUUAUAUCCAACAGCAGACUCGAUGAUAAAAAAUGAGAGAUGGAAGUGUGUUGACACCUUAUUGGAGCUAAGACCGUCUGGAUCAAGCAGGACGUAAAGACAUGACAAUUUUCAACGGGUCUUCUUUCCGAUGCUUCUAGUCACCGCUGCUCGCUAGCCCAACAUCGAGCAAACAUAGUCAAACCCGGAAUCAUAUAAAGGUACACUCGAGCUCGCCCAUGUCUUUCACUACCCAUUUAAAUAACCAGUCCACUCUCUAACUACACAUUCAAGAUGUUCGCUCGUAUCUCUACUGUUGUUCUCGCCACCCUUCCUUUGUUGGCCCUCGCUGCGACUAACCAGUGUGAAACUGGAUCAGCUUACUGCUGCAACAGCGUCCAGAAUGCUACGGACGCGCACGCGUCGAAUAUUCUUGAAGAGUUGGGCAUCGCUGUGGAUGGUGUUACCGGCCAAGUUGGCUUCGGCUGCUCGCCUCUUUCUGUUGUGGGCGUUGGCGCUGGCUCCUCCUGCAAGCAGGAGCCUGUCUGCUGCACCAAGAAUAGCUUCAACGGUGCAAUCAACCUGGGAUGUUCUCCUCUUAGCUUGUAGAUUGAAGUUCUAGAGUUGGAUAUAUGGGCGAUGAAGUAGUCACUCUAAGUUACUGUUAUAAUUGUCUUGCAAAAAUAAUAUGAUGCAUUUCGUGGAGA